AUGUUCCGCACACUUGUCCGCAGGGCCGCAUCGUCCACCGUCCAGGUCGGCCGAUCCGCCGGCACAAGCGCUCCCUCAACCGUACGAUCCCGUAUCUCGACUCACAUCACCGGGCUCGACGUCCACCCCGCUCCCCUCUCGGCCCUCAAGGAGACCUACGAGUCCACUCUAUCGCUUCUCAAGACGCACCCGGAGAACUCCGUCUACAGGCAAGCCACAGAAGCCAUCACCAACCACAGACUGGCAGUGUUGCAGAGCAUUCAGGGAGCAGAGGCAAAGGAGGCAAAGAGUUCAGACAGCGAAGAGGCCAUUGCCAAAUUCGAGGAGCAGAUUGAUGAGGGAUUGGCAGAGGAGGUACUGUCACAAGCACAACACGAGAUGGGUCUGGCUGCAAAGAUGUUGGACUGGCAACCAUCGGAAGCUCUGGAGCACCCAGCACCUCCCGGGCAGUGGGUCUACUUCAAUAUGAAGGAUGAGCAAGAGACACAAUAG